AUGGGGAACGGAGAAAACACUGAGCUUCUGGAUUUGAAGAUGAAGACUAGUGAAGCUUCGUACCCUUAUAAAAGGACCAUGUUCAUGGCCCCUUCUUCUCAUCCCCACUUUUUUUCUCCUUAUGAGAAAGAGACUGGUGAUGAUGGCGGUAGUGGACCCGGAAAUUUUGUGGGGAGCUAUGUUGUGAGCUCAGGGGGUGCACUUUCGUCAAGACCUUGUGCUAGAAGCAUGGGCCUCGCUCCUUUUACAGCCUCCCAGCUGCAGGAGUUUCAAAGACAGUUCAUAAUAUGCAAGUACAUAAUGGCAUCUAUGCCUGUUCCUCCCCACCUACUCCCUACUAACCCAUCUCCAGCUCAAUCUAACACAACGGGUUUGGAUUUGAAGUUCUCAAGUGGGUCGGAUCCAGAGCCAUGGAGGUGUAAGAGAACAGACGGGAAGAAAUGGAGAUGCUCAAGAGAUGUAGCUCCGGAUCAGAAAUAUUGUGAGCGACACGCCCACAAAAGCAAACCCCGUUCAAGAAAGCCUGUGGAAAUUCACACCAAUCGGCACCCUCCCACUCCCAAAUCUAACAACAACAACCACUCUUUUCAGUUUCCGACUGUGCAGCUCUCUGCUCCUUCCGGUGACCAAACCAGCCCCAGGUGUAUUGAGUGGUUAGGGAGAGGAGACACAAGUAGAACCAUCCCUGUCGUUAAUACUUGUAACCAGCAACUCAUGCACUCAUCUUCUGGAAUGGGAUUCAACAAUGACCAAAACAGAAGAAAUUCACCUGCAUUUCAAGUGCAAGACGCGCCAAAAGUAUAUCCAAUGAACUUUAAUCAGUACAUGUGUAAUAGCAGUAGUGACCAGGCAUUGGGAAGUCAAUUAAAGAAUGAACAGGGUAACAACUCGAUAAUUGGCAGAGGAACAACUAGGAAUGCUUGGCCAAAAGACGGACUUAGUGAUGGUGUUAGCAACAAUGGCUCUUUUACUUCGCUAACACUUUCCAUGUCUGGUUGGAAUCGGGGAAUGGAUGAUGAUAACGAACAUGCACAAGUAAGCAUUGGGAUGUUGGAUUCUGAGAGAAGUGGCGAUGAUGUUUUGAGAUCCCAGUGGCUUAACCCUGUUUCUUGGAUGAGUUCAACAGCUCCGGGAGGGCCUUUGGGUGAAGCAUUGUGUCUUGGAAAUGCCUCCAGUUUACCUUCACCUCAUGGCUAUAGCAAUAGCACUGCUACCAGCAGCUGCAGCUUUGGUUCCUGCGAGAACGGACCUGACUUCAUCGGUUGA